AACCGGAUGUGUACACUUUGCCAUGAGCUCAACAAUGUGAUUGGCUGGCGAAGACAAGCCCCCAGUACACGAGGUUUAUUAGGAAACAUAACCAAAUAGAGAAUACCCAGGGUUUGUUGGAAUGAGUGGACUGCCCGUCAGGAAUUUGUUGCGUAGCUGUGUCCCGCGGGCAAGUUUUGUUCGCCAGUACAACGGUGUCAGUGGCGCACCAGGGGUCAAAGACAAAAAUGAGCAUCCUAACGUUCUAAUUACAGGAAGCCUUGGGCAGUUGGGGACUGGACUUGCCAAAGUAAUGAGACAACGUUAUGGUCGGAAUAACGUAAUAAUGUCCGACAUCCUCAAACCAUCAAAGGAAGUUUCGGAAAGCGGUCCCUAUGUUUUUGCCGAUAUUUUGGACUUUAAGAAGCUACAGGAACUGAUUGUUAACUACAACAUUGACUGGAUCAUUCACUUUAGUGCACUGCUUAGUGCUAUAGGAGAAAACAAUGUCCCACUGGCCAUGCGAGUCAACAUUGAGGGUCUCCAUAAUGUACUGGAGUUAGCCAAACAGUACAGACUUAAAAUAUUUGUGCCAAGUACUAUCGGGGCCUUUGGUCCAGAUUCACCACGCGAUCCCACUCCUGACCUGUGUAUUCAACGCCCAAGAACAAUUUAUGGGGUCUCCAAGGUUCAUGCUGAACUGAUGGGCGAGUAUUAUUAUCACAAGUUUGGUAUGGACUUCCGAAGUUUACGAUUUCCUGGAAUCAUAUCAGCUGACACAAACCCUGGGGGUGGCACCACGGAUUACGCUGUCAAGAUCUUCCAUGACGCUCUGAAAACCGGCCACUUUAAAUGCUAUCUACGCGAGGACACAAGACUUCCGAUGAUGUUCAUAGACGAUUGUUUGAGAUCAGUCGUGGAAUUCAUGGAAACUCCCGACUCGAAGCUGAAAAUGAGGACCUAUAAUGUGACUGCAAUGAGUUUUACACCCGGCGAGAUUGUGGAAGAAGUCCGAAAACACGUACCGGAACUAAAAGUGACGUAUGAAAUUGAUGGACGACAAGACAUAGCCGACACCUGGCCUAAACGUUUUGAUGACAGUAACGCACGCACAGAUUGGGGAUGGAAACAUACACUUGAUCUUCCGGGAAUGUGCAAGGCCAUGUUUGAUUUCCUAGCUCCCUCAGAAAAACCAGAACAAAGGAUAAAAAUGUAAACUCUAGUGUUAAUUGUGUAAGGACUCUGGACUCAAGUCCCGCUAGAGAAAGCAAUCUCAUGAUCAACAAAUUAACGCAAUGGAAUCUCAAUUUUUACUUCACAUGGAAUCUCACUUUUUUUGGAAUUGUUUUAUUUGCCUGAUGUGAACUUUUGCGAGUUUUAAUAUUUAUAUUUGGUUUUUUGUUACCUGCUUUAUAUUGUUAAUAAAG